AUGAACGACAGUGUACUACUUUCCCUGAUCAUUGAACCCCGCGCCGCUAUGCACGAUCCUAUCCAAAGCCCUCCUCCCAAAAAGGCUGAAGACUCGAUCAACCAGUUUGUCGGAAAGGAUGCCGUGUACAACAUCACCACUAGUGCUAGGAAGGAUUCUUCUCGUAGGACAAUUCUAGGCCAUAAUAAGGUGUUCCACAAGGCUGAGGGAGGAACAGCAACUCCUAUUUCCCCAGGUGUUUUGGGACAUACUGACUCUAGCAAUAGUUCAAUCGUGGAAGUUAUUCCAUGCAGGAUAGCCGAUACGGAUGGAACAUGGUGUUACGCAUACGACGAGGAUUGCUGUUCAGGACCAUCAACUUUCCUACCGGGACCUCCUAGUGCAAGGAUCGACUUCGCGGGACCAAGUAAUUCACUUCCUUCAUUCACUAUUGCGUCUAGACCAGCAUCAUUCCUUGCAAGUACAACAAUAUCCACAUCCACAUCUACAUCCACAUCCUCAACAACAUCCGAUAACUCACUCAAUCCCACCACCACAUUAUCCCACCUUCUAUAA